UGACAGAUUUUUGCCUUUCACUUCCCUGAGUCCCAUCCCCACUGCCCCACCUUCCCACCCCUGUCGAUUUGCCCCUACCACUUGCACCUCGACCCUGCCCCCCCUCUCCCCCCCAGUGCCUCACGCUGGGACAGGACUCGACUGCGAACCUUACUACUCAGACUUGGGAGUGGAGUGUAUUGCAGCUGACAGAACAUUCCCAGCUUCCUGCACCAUACCUGGACAGAACCCCAAUCCUGGCUGUGGAUCAGAAACUCGACUCUCUCUUUCCCUCUGGUCUCUAGGAAAGCAGACACAGGUCGAUAAGAGGAGCCACUGCCACUCUGCAGGACGGAUACCUGUGGAAGAAGAGCGAGGAGAGAAAUUCAUCUAUGGCACCUCGGCAGAUGCUGUUGUGGCCGGUCCUCCUCUUUGUUUCCUGGCCAUUCCCUGAUGUGAUGGGAAUGCCAGUCGAGGUGACGGUGGGGGAUAAUCCGGUGCAGACAGGAGUCGGCUGGGAUACUACACUGUCCGUCUCCACCACCUCCCAGCACUUCAUCGUGGAAUGGCAGGAUCCCACGGGCAGCACCAUCCUCACCCUGAUCAACAGGCAGCUCUUCGUCAAGACUGGCACUCGGUACACGGACAGAGUGAAUCUGCUGCCCAAUAGCUCCCUCACCAUCAGCUCCACCACCCUGGCGGACGAAGGCAACUACUCAAUCAAGGUGGAACCAAACAGUGGGCAGGGACUCACCACCACCACUCUGACCAUCAGUCUCCUGGUUUACGAGCCGGUGACAGGGGUUACCCUGAGCAGGCCCCGGAGCGGAAUCCCAGAGCGUACAGCCAAUUUCUCCCUCUCCUGUUCAGUUCUCACUGGCACCCGCAUCUCCUUCUCGUGGCUUAAGGACGAACAGCCCCUGGUCAACUCGAGCCGGGUCAGAGUGGUGGGCAAUGAGAUGAGCAUCCGGCAGGUGGUGCGUGCGGAUGCCGGGCAGUACACCUGUGUGGUGAGGAAUCCCAUCUCCAGCGGCUCCCAGCAGCAGAGCCUCACCGUCUACUAUGGCCCAGAAUCACUGGUGGUGAGCCAUCGGUUCCAAUCAGACUGUGUUACCCCAGACCAGGUCAUUCUGGGACGAGGCGGGAGUUUGAUUUGCCAAGCAGACUCGGUGCCUCAGGCCAACUUCAGCUGGACUCUGCAGGGACAGGCGCAGGCGCAAGGCAGCACCCUCUCGAUCAACAGUUUGACCUCCAAUGACUCAGGGUUGUACACCUGCACCGCAUCCAAUGCCCAGACAGGAUUGGAGAGGGCAGUGUCCACUAGGGUCGUCGGCGUGGGUGGAUGUCUGAGUGCUGGAGGGGUGACGGGGGUCGUUAUUGGAGCAGUGGCUGCCCUAAUCAUUAUUGUCGUCCUGAUCGUCUACCUGUACAAACGCUGGAAAAACAGGAAUAACCCCUCAAAGAAACAAGCAGAGGUUGCAAGAUCAAGAGAGGUGGAUGCCAAGGUCCUGCCCUGGAUCUACAAGCACCAACAGGAGACUCCGGGGUUCACUACACCGCCACCCUUCGAAAGAGGGGGUCCAGAUGGGAACCACAGCAGCUACCCGCCUUCCACAGGAUCCAUGGUUCCCUCCACUCUGAACGGAGCAUCUGUACCCCGCAGUGUGGCCCUAACCAGCGGCCGCCAAUCCACCCUGGUCUGAGGGCUGGGGCAGCGGAGGAUGGGGGGAGUGGGAACGUGGACCACUGAGACUCCCCUCCCGUGAUACUGGUUAUGGAGAACUGAGCAGAAUUCCACAGAACCAUCAUCUUCCCCGAUUCCUGGCACCGACGGGGAUAUUAAUAUGGACCGUGAGGGUACGGACGGACGCCUCACAUUGAUGUGUGAUUGAGUGUUUUCACAGGUCCAGCAUAUUGAGGAACCCUACCUCCUCAUGGAACAAGCCUCGAGGGCCAAUGCCUCACUACAAACAAGCCAUCCCCACCCCUCAGUUCACAUGAGGGAUUCUAAUACAACCUCAAACCUCAUUCUAGUCCGGUUCCCGACUCUGAAACCAAGAAUUCACCUGGGACAAGGGCUGGACCAUAUCAGGAUUGAACUGGAUCGGGCCCAUAUACAGGGUCCCAAACAUGGAUUUAUCCAGAAUGGAGGCCUGUGCACGUAUCAGGCUGCACUGGGUCACGGACCCGGAAAAGGCCAGAUCAGUGACCUAAACAUGGACUGGGCCGUAUUGGGUCCUGAACACGGAUUGAGCCGUUUGACGCUUGAAUGUGGACUGCAUCGGAUUCAGUCCUGGAAUCCUCAGGGAUGUGUGAACUCUCACAUUGACUCAGGGCUCUCUGAGCCCAUUACACAUUGUUGUUGGAUACUCCAAGUUUCAGGUGGAGAGGGAGCAUUAACCUGCAGCACACAGAGUGAAGCAUUGAAAGACUUAAAGGGGAUUUGAGGGGCAACCUCUUCACCCAAAGGGUGGUGGGUAUGUGGGAUGAGCUGCCAGGGAAAGGGGGCAAGGCACAGCGAGAAGCUCUCUCCAAACUGUUCCACUCCCGGGGUCAGACACAAAGUGAGAUCCCUCUACACUGUCCCAUCACACACUCCUGGGGUUAGACACAGAAUAAUGCACACCGUCCCAUCACACAUUCUCAGGGUCAGACACAGAGUGAAGCUCCCUCCAUACCGUCCCAUCACUCACUCCCGGGUCAGACACAGAGUGAAGCUCCCUCCAUACCGUCCCAUCACUCACUCCCGGGUCAGACACAGAGUGAAGCUCCCUCCACACCAUCCCAUUACACACUCCUGGGGUCAGACACAGAGUGAAGCUCCCUCCACAUUGUCCCAUCACACACUCCCGGGGUCCGACACAGAGUGAAGCUCCCUCCACACCGUCCCAUCACACAUUCUCAGGGUCAGACACAGAGUGAAGCUCCCUCCACACCGUCCCAUCACACAUUCUCAGGGUCAGACACAGAGUGAAGCUCCCUCCAUACCGUCCCAUCACUCACUCCCGGGUCAGACACAGAGUGAAGCUCCCUCCACACCGUCCCAUCACACACUCCUGGGGUCAGACACAGAGUGAAACUCCCUCCACACCAUCCCAUUACACACUCCUGGGGUCAGACACAGAGUGAAGCUCCCUCCACACUGUCCCAUCACACAUUCUCAGGGUCAGACACAGAAUGAAGCCCCCUCCACACCAUCCCAUCAAUCACUCCCGGGAUCAGGCACAGCAGGAAACUCCCUCCACACCGUCCCAUCACUCAUUCCCGGGGUCAGAAACAGAGUGAAUCUCCACCCAGACUGUCCAGUCACACACUCCCUUGUCAGACACAGAGUGAAGCUCCACCCAGACAGUCCCGUCACAUACUCCCUUGUCAGACACAGUGAAUCUCCAUCCAGACAGUCCUGUCACACACUCCCUUGUCAGACUCAGUGAAUCUCCAUCCAGACAGUCCCGUCACUCCCUUGUCAGACACAGUGAAGCUCCAUCCAUACUGUCCCAUCACACAUUCUCUGAAUCAGACACUGAGUGAGUCUCACUCUGCGCUGCCCCACACACAACCCCGGGUUCAAACACUGAGUUAAUGUUGCUCUACAGUGAGGUUCCUUUCUUUUCUUUUUCAAUCUUUUUAUUGAUUUUCACAUAUACACAAAAAAAAAAUAACAUAAUAAUAAGUAAAUUAUAAAUACAAUAGACUUGAAAUCACAUUGAUAAUAAGAUAAUAAUAUCCUACUAAACAUCAACAAAAGAAAGUACCUUAAUCAAGUCCACAUGAUUAUAUGAAAAAAAAACAAAUAACCAUUAAAAAAGAAAAAAAAUAUUAAAAAAUAUGUGAGAAAAAAUAUAUAUUAAAAAAAAUAAAACACUAAACUAAACUAACACAGGCAAUAACAACAGUUUACAAGUAUAAGAUAGUGUCAAAGAACUCCGGAACUCCAUACCUGAACAUGAAUAAGCAGAAAGGUCCGGAAAAGGCCAAAUUAAUUCAUAUGAAAAUGUCAUACAGUGAGGUUCCACUACACUGAUUCUCUGUCUUCCCCCAUUCCCUCAUUCCAGACUCCAUUCCCCUCACCCUUAUGGGAGAGAAUGCCCCCUCAGAUCCCACUCUGAACCCCUCACCCUAUCCUGUACCCUCUGGCUUUACAUACCUCUGCCAUAGGGAUAGGAUUCCCGCUAUCUGCCCUAUCUGUGACCACAUAGUAUUGCACAACCCCAUCAGGUCUCCCUUCAGCCUUCUCUGCCCAUGUAGAACUGUCCCAACCUUCCAGUCUCUCCCCAAGACUGUCCUCCAUCCCAGGGAAUGGACGAUCAGAGGUGAAUUGAUAGAGAUGUACAGGAUUAUGAGAGGCAUUGAUAGAGAAGGUAGCCGUUAGGUCAUGGGACAUUCAUUGAAGGUGUGUGGAGGAAAUUCCGCAGAGAAGUCAGAGGUCAGCUUUUUUAACAGAGUGGCAAUUGCCUGGAAUGCACUGCUGGUGGAGGCGGGUACUUUGUGGAGAUCUAAAAGACCAAUUUAAAGACAACUGGAUUAUGGGCUAUGUUGGAGGAAAGUUUUAGAUGGAUCAUGGAUUCAAUCAAUAACAUCGUCAGUACAACAGCGAGGGCCAAGUGACCUGUACUGUGCUCUGCUGUUGUAUGUUCUAUACGCUGUUCAGUAUGUCCAUGGGCGCUCUACGGACCUGCCAGAGCUGCAUCGUGGAAAGUAUCCCGUUGGGUUGUACCACACAUCUGGACCAUCAGAACCCGUAGUGGGGGUAAUCACUACCCAGUCUGUCACAGGAUCUUUCCAUCUUGUUCAUCCUGUCCAUGCUCACCCUGCAGAGCCUCAGAAAGGCCAACAGUACAGUCAGGCAUGCCAGCCACUCUUGUCCAUUUCCUGAUCUCUGUUUUACCUUCUUAGAAAUCCCAGACAAUCAGACUCUAGGAACAACUAGUUCCAGUCUGUGGAUCGACUCCGGAACAGAUCAAGUCCUUCGCACAUCCUCUUCCCGGUGGGGCUGCCCUGUUUUCGGACCCUUAACUCUCCCUCCCUCGGUUACUCCAUUACUGUCACUUUGUCAGUUCUUUAUGCACUACCUCAGUUUACAUCACAAUCAGUUUGUGUUGAGUUUCUCAUUGCAUUUAUUAUUGGAAUACCUGCACUGUUUAUUUUGUCAGCCUCAUACAAUCACCUAAUGCAAUUAGAGUUUAAAAGUCCACAGUCCUGUUGUGAUUUUCCUAGAUUGUAGAUAUGAACAUGGUCACUUUGUUGAGCCACUCUUCCUAAUGUGCCCAUUGGGCUAUGUAAAGGCAUGCCUAAAUGCUUAUUUAAUAAAUAACUAA